AUGUCUCCGAGUACAUCUGGACUCAAGGAAGAGGACCAGCCACCGGCACAGGCUCCUAAAAAACGACAGAGAAUCUCAAGAGCUUGUGAUACUUGUAGAAAGAAGAAGAUUAAAUGUGACGGAUUACGACCUACCUGCAACAACUGUCGAAAUGGGUCUGCUCCAUGUGUAUAUACAAUUGUCGAGAAAAAACCUGGGGUGACCAGGAAAAGAGCUACCAAUAUUGUUAAAUUGGAGUCUCGACUUGAUAGAAUAGAGAGCAUGCUAGAGGCCCUGAUACCGGUCGGUAGCAAGAAGAGAAGUAGAAAGCAGCGUCAACAAAAUGAGGGUGAAGAAUCCGACGACGAAGACAAUGACAAAUCCGAGCAUGAAAUUGAUAACGAUAACGACCAUGAUCAUAAUAAUAAUGAGGAUGACGACCAUGAGGAAGACGACGGCGACGGCGAUAGUGAUAAUGACAAUGAUGACGACGAAGAUGAUCCACUGAACGAAACUGCCGACGGCGAGACGAACCCUGAGGAGAACUUCACGCCCGAUGAAUGGGCUAUUCAGGACAUGGAUGUUCCAGAAGGCGGGAUGAUGAUUAAACUGCGAUCGAAAGUGAAAAUUACAAGGAAAUCUGAUAUGUUCAGUAGGACAAUGGCUCGUGCUAAUACGCAGUUUUGCGGGCCAGGCCCGAAUUUCGCGCUAUUAUCAAGUUCAGGAAUUAAAUGGAUCGGAGAGAAAAUCGACGAUAGCAAGAUUGCUGAUAAACUAGCAGCCCCAUUUAUGGAAAUUAUGAGCUAUGAACUCGAAAAAAUACGACCCAUGAUCGAGCCUAUGAUGAAAGCACAUCCAAUUGAUAAAAGGCUGCUGGAUGUAUGUAUUGAUGCUUUUGAGAACGGGCCGUCUAAUUGGAAGUUAAUCAUUGCUAGAGAUGAGAUUGACGAGAUUGUUCGUGCUGAAUAUUACGACGAGUCGCUGCCUCCAAACGGUUACUCAGAAUACUUUGUUCUCAGUGCACUGGUUGUGAUUGGUCUGCCUUUUAUUCUUCGAAACCCCGAAUUAAGAGCAAAGAUCCCCCAUUAUGUAACUGAGAAAGAUCUGGAAACUCUGGCCUCACGAAGUUUUGCCAACUGUCUAUUUUACUGUCGGCGUAUAACUCUCAUGCAUCCAAAUAUUACAUCAAUUAAAGCACUAUUAUUGCUUGUGCUGGCUUUUGAAUGUUCGGAAUUCCCCCAUCCUGUCGCAUAUAUUUUAAAAACGGCGACCCACCUUGCAAAUGAGAUGGGUCUGAAUCGAAGAGAAAGCUGUAUGGGUCUCGGCAAGGAAGAAGCCAACCGGCGGAAGAGUCUGUUUUGGAUGAUGUACAUAUUUGACCACGACGUUGCCAUGAAAGUGUGUCGCAGUCCUAAUUUCAUGGAUUUCGACAUUAGUAUUGAUAUGCCCGAAUUUGACAAAUCUGAUCCAAGAUACAAUGAUGUCGAGUUUCUCAAGAUAAUUGUUUCGUUUUUUCAUUUGUCGGCCGACUGUUAUAUGAGAUUAUGGUCUCCAAAAGCUAGCACUCGACGACCUGUGGAUAUUGUUAAAGACGUGCAAUACUGUGACGAGCAGCUGGAGAAGUGGAAACGGUCUCUGCCUCCUGAGAAACAACCUGGGUGUGUUCUUGAAUAUUUCACGGUGUACGAUCCGGCUCAUGAGACCCAGAACAAAGAGUUUUUUGAAAAGGUCGGGGUCCUAUAUAUGCAUUAUGUCUAUUACCAACUUCUGUCUAGUAUUCAUCGAGUAGUGGCAUAUCACCCGUCAUGGGUUUACGCUCUAGUUGAGGAAGAAAAGGCUUUGGCGUCAAAGACAAAACCAAAGAGCAAUAAUGGGAGUAACCAUACUACACCGAAUUCAAAGACAACUCCUGGAGCCAGUCCGUCUGGAACCAAUAAUUCAAGGCAGUCUGCUGCCAAUGAUGCCGGUCUUCUAGCUGUGGAUGAUUCUCCGUUGAUCUCUUUACAUUAUAAAUAUCCUCGACUGUUCAGUUCGUUGGAUAUUUGUAAUCAUGCUGCGCGAAGAACGAUUGAGCUCGUUCAAAGGACUAAGAGCUGGGGCCAGCUGUUUCUAUGGGCGUCUGUAUAUUUCUCCACAAAUGCUUUAAUUACUCUGGUGGUUAAAUGUCUGACAAAACCGUUUGAUGCUACUACAAAGCUAGAUCUGGAUACCUUGAAGUCGGUACCUGAAGCGUUUUCUGAGAUGCAGUCGUUAAUGCCCAGACCCAAUGCCGUUGUUGAUACAGUGGUCGAGUUCUGGACCAUUCUAUUCGACAUUGCCAAACUGUUUGUGGAGAAAUCCCAUACCACGGGAUCUAAUGGAUUCUCGUCACCCUCAUCGACCACCAGCGACCAUCAACACCACCAGGUCAAACGAAUCAAAUUAAGACGCGAAAAAAGUACCAACAGUCUCAAGAGUAGCGAGUCUCCUGGUACCCACAAUGAAUUGAGACACAUGUCCAGCAGCGGCGCGUCGUCCAAUACUCCAGCAACAUCGACUUCGUCUGUCGGACCCACUAUACCAGUAGGAAGUAAACAGUCGCCAGGGAAUGCUCCAGGGAAUGCAUCCUGGCCAUCUUUUUCUUCAGCCAUUCAUCAACCUUCUUCAGAUGGACUUCUUCCCACUGAUGGUUCGGCGUAUGUUCCCAUUGCUCAACGAAUGAACUUUGGUUAUGGAUUCAGAGACAACCAGCCGGAUCCCAAUAGUGGCGCUGGCACGUCUCCACUGGGAACAUAUACCACUCCUAUGAUAAAUACAAUGGGACCGCCUGGUCGAACUUCUGGAAUUCCUGUCACUUCAAACCCGAACGCACCUUCAAAUAUCAAUAACAUCCCGCCAGGCUUCUCACCCCACAUGAACAUGGCUCCGGACCCGUCACAGCCGUCUCAAUUCAACUCCCUCCCAGAACUGGCCAACGUCGACUGGAUCCCUGACCCGGAUCUCAUUCAAAACCUGUUCCAUAUCUCGUCGUACCCCUUUUCCUGGGACGGCGACAUCAGCGUCUUCUCUGGCCUCAGCCAGUCGCCGUGA